AUGGCAGUGGUGAAGGUGGUGAAGGUGGUGAUGGCAGUGGUGGGUGGUGAUGGUGGUGAUCCUGGAAAUGGUGGUUGUGUCCGUAGCACUGAAGAUGACGACGGUAGGCGGGCACUCUUGCCCAGUGGCAAGGGCAGCACUGGAAAUCCGUGUCCCAUGCAGGUGAACAGCACCGCCUUCAGCAGAGGCCGGCUCCGCAACGUGGGCUUCUGGGAGGCCCUGCGGGAUGAGGACUGGGACUGUGUCUUCCUACACGACGUCAACGUGCUUCCGGAGGAUGACCGCAACGUCUACACCUGUGACUUCUUCCCUGCCCAUGUGUCCGUGGCCAUUGACAAGUUCAACUACAAGCUGCCCUACCAAGGCUACCUCGGAGGGGUGCUUUCACUGCGCCCCAUUCACUACAUGAGGAUCCAUGGCUUCCCCAGUGGGUACCAGAGCUUGGAAGACGAGGACAACGACAUUGCUACCAGGGUGGAACUGAGCGGGAUGUACCUCUCACGGACUCACCUGCUCUUCGGCCGCUACCACAUGCUGGAGGGGCAGGACCCCGGCCGUGGGCAGAGCCUGCCGAGGCUCCGCGUCCUGGCCCACAUUCGUCGGAGGUGGCGACAGGACAGCAUCAGCUCCCCAGAGUACAGGCUGCUUUCCAGGGAGCAGCACCCUCUCUACACAAACCUCACUGUGGACUUCAGCUUCCCAGACCCAGGAGCAACAGAGCUACACUGA